AUGCCAAAGUCGCCGCCCGCGCGCGCGACGCACGCGGCGAUGUUCGCGUGCGCGGUCGCGCUGAAGUGGGCGCUGCGCGAUUACGGCUCCGAGACGGCGCUCGAGCGGUUGAGCUGGAUCGGGGCGAACGGACGCGCGAGCGCGGCGUGGUUUAAGACGCAGGCGGUGUAUCGAGCGUCGUGCGCGACGUCGACGUUCUUCUUCGCGAUGAGCGCGGCGUUGAUCGGGACGAAAGAUCGUUCCGAUUUUCGCGAUAAGGCGUUGCAUCGAGGGAAUUGGAUGUUGAAGGUGCUGGCGUUCGUCGCGCUGCACGCGUUCUUCUUUCUGUGGGCGACGGAUGAGGGAAUGGAGGCGUACGCGGCGGCGGCGCGACUGGGAUCGGGGCUCUUCUUGGUGAUUCAGAUGAUCAUCGUCUUGGACUUUGCGUUCGCGUGGAACGAAUCCUGGGCGAGCGGUGAGCAUUGGGGUUGGGUCGCGGGGCUGUUGGUGUCGACGCUCGCGAUGUACGCGACGUCUGUGGCGUUGUUUGUGGAGAUGUACGAGUCGUACGCCCCGAAUCGAGAGUGUCAUCGAAACAUCGCGAUGAUUACUUGCACGGUGGUUUUGUGCGUCGUCUUGACGGUCAUCACGCUUCACCCGGCCGCGCGUGAGGGGUGCUUGUUACCGUCCGCGGCCGUGACGCUGUACUGCACGUACUUGUGCUACUCGGCUUUGACUUCGGAACCGUCGACGUACGCCUGUCGUCCGCGCUCUUUCAUCGACGCCAACGAGGAGUUGAAGAAACCGGCAAACUUAGUCACGACCGCGUUUACGCUCGUCUCGGUGGUGUACGCCGCCAUGCGCGCCGGGGAGAGCAACUUUUGGGACAUGGAAGUCGACGAGAGUUUUCAGAGCGAGCUUCGCGAGGCGCUCAACGACGGCGACGAAGAGGAAGCGAGCGAAGGCGACGCUUCCGGUCCAGUCAAGUACAACUAUAGCUUUUUCCAUUUGAUGUUUGCCCUAGCCGCGAUGUACACGUCAAUGUUACUCACGGGUUGGGGCACCAGACACGAGGACGACACCGAAGCGAUCGGCAGCGGCUGGGCGAGCGUGUGGGUGAAAUUCUUUAGCGUCUGGGCGACGGGCGCGAUUUACCUGUGGUGCCUCAUCGCCCCAGCGCUUUUCCCCGAUCGCGAGUUUUAA